GAAAUUCAUAAAGUUUCUUUUUUUAAAGAUAAAGCAGCAUUAUUUUCCUUUUCUUUAAUCAUUUAUCAAGAUCAAAGAAGACCCACUCACCAUCUCCGAUCCCCUCUCUUUUCUCUCUUUUUUAUUCAUUUUCUGGUUCUUGUUAGUCAAUCUUUGCUUCUUUACGUAUAGACCGACAUAUAGUAAAUCUGAGAGUUCUGGGACCUCUCAGUUUUAACUUACCUUCUGGGUCAGAAUAGUUUUGUAGGUAGAUCGUCUUUCGUCUAUAUAUACACAUACAUGUAUAGAGAGUGAAAUAAUUGCGUUUUUGACGUUUGUGUGUAUCAGUCAGCGUGUCAGGAGUGGUGUGUUAAGGUAACUGAUGAUCCAAAUAGAGAAAGAGAUUGUGAUUGCGUAGGACUGUAUUGAAUGCUGUUUUUCCUUAUCUGCACAUGGUUUCCGUUAGAUAGUUGAUAUACAUUUGGGGCAGGAUGAAGUAUAAAGAUGGGAAACCCAUUCACAAACAAAAUUCCAGGAAAGUUCCAAUGGCGCUAUUGCUUGUGGUGCUGUGUGGGGUUUCGUUUUAUCUCGGUGGAGUCUUCUAUUCCGACAACGGGAGUUAUUCAUCAACUAGUAACAAUCAUGUCUCCAAGGAGGUUGUACCUCUCAAGGGUAAUGCUGACACCACUUUGAUUCCCGAAUGCAGUCCUGACUUCCAGGAUUACACUCCAUGCACAGAUCCCAGGAGAUGGAGGAAAUAUAGUCUUCAAAGGCUAACUUUCAUGGAACGCCACUGCCCUCCUGCAUUUGAUAGGAUGGAAUGUUUGGUCCCUCCGCCGGAUGGCUAUAAGGAACCAAUCAGAUGGCCAAAGAGCAAGCGUGAAUGUUGGUACAGAAAUGUUCCAUAUGAUUGGAUCAACAAGCAAAAAUCUAAUCAGCAUUGGUUAAAAAAAGAAGGGGAGAAGUUCCUAUUUCCUGGAGGAGGAACCAUGUUUCCCAAUGGAGUUAGUGAAUAUGUUGAUUCCAUGGUAAGUUUGAUUCCUGGAAUGAAAGAUGGUACGAUCAGGACUGCCAUUGACACUGGAUGUGGGGUAGCAAGCUGGGGAGGGGAUUUACUGGACCGUGGGAUACUAACAGUCUCACUAGCGCCAAGAGAUAAUCACGAGGCUCAAGUUCAGUUUGCUUUAGAACGUGGGAUACCUGCCAUUCUGGGGAUCAUUUCUACACAACGACUUCCUUUCCCUUCUAGCUCCUUUGAUAUGGCUCACUGUUCGAGAUGCCUUAUUCCAUGGACUGAAUUUGGGGGGACAUAUCUUCUAGAGAUACAUCGCAUACUACGUCCUGGAGGGUUUUGGGUCCUCUCGGGUCCACCAGUGAACUAUGAAAACCGAUGGAGAGGAUGGAACACCACAAUUGAAGCGCAGAGAUCAGAUUAUGAGAAACUCCAAGAUUUGCUAACUUCAAUUUGUUUCAAACUGUACAACAAGAAGGACGACAUUGCCGUGUGGCAGAAAUUAUCAGAUAAUAGUUGCUAUAAGCAUCUUGAAAGUCCCGACAACUACCCUCCAAAGUGUGAUGACAGUCUUGAACCUGACUCGGCAUGGUACACACCACUGCGGACAUGUGUUGUAGUGCCAACUGUAAAGGGCAAGAAAGUAAAUUUGGAAUCGCUUCCCAAGUGGCCCGAAAGGUUGCAUGUUGCCCCGGGGCGGGUUCUUGAUGUUCGUGGAGGAAAUGAAGCUGUCUUUAGACACGAUGAUAGUCUGUGGAAGAAACGAGUGAAGCACUACAAGAAACUGCUUCCUUAUCUUGGGACUGAUAAGAUCAGAAAUGUCAUGGACAUGAACACAUUGUACGGAGGUUUUGCUGCUUCGCUUGUCGAUGAUCCUUUGUGGGUCAUGAACGUUGUUUCUUCUUACGCAGUAAAUACACUUACUGUGGUGUAUGAUAGGGGUCUCAUUGGUACUUAUCAUGACUGGUGUGAAGCCUUUUCAACUUAUCCUAGAACAUAUGAUCUCCUUCACGUUGAUGGCCUCUUCACUGCUGAAAGCCAUAGAUGUGAAAUGAAGUAUGUGCUCCUAGAAAUGGAUAGGAUAUUGCGGCCAAAGGGGUACGCAUUGAUUCGCGACUCCACUCAGUACAUUGAUUCCAUCGCGGCCAUUGCUAAGAGGAUGAGAUGGAGCUGCCGUAAAGAAAAUACAGAGGACGGGGGAGGAAAUUCAAAGGUAUUGGUUUGCCAGAAGGAGCUCCGCCAUUCUUAGCCGCGCGAGUUCACCAUGUGCAGGUUUCCGUCAAGUCUCUGGGAAGAAGAUGUAAUUUACAUACAGAAGAAGUGUAAGUGCGCUGAACUGUUCGGUCAUAUAGAAAAAGUCGAUUUUUUUUAUCUAUAGAAUUUCUUAUUUUCCGUAAAGAAAGUCUCAAUAAGGAAUGUAUCUCUGAUAUUCUCCAGUUUUGGUGACCUCCAAUAUAAUUUUGGCGAGGCUGGGUUGUUGACUUUUGGUGUCGCUCUUUCUUUUUUUGAAUGAGUAGC